AUGAACAGUGUUCGCGUAUUCAAUCUGCUUGACCUGCCGCAAGAAAUAAUCCUUUAUAUUCUGUCAUUUCUGGAUCUACCCGACCUCGCAACACUCUCCAAACUUCAUGGUUAUCUCGCUCUUUUGGCAGCAGACCCAGUGCUGCAUCUCAUACGACUCCGAGUAGUCGCGCCAUCACGCGUCGGUCAUUCCCUAUUCGCGCGAAGCCCUGACGGUACCUUGCUUAGACCAACUAUCACGGACCUCGUGCAUAGACAUGUCAUCCGCGGACAUAACAUCGAAAGAAGGUUGCGCAUGGGCUUGUAUAUAUACACAGAACACUCUGUGGAUCAGUACGACAGCGGCCUGCGACUACAACGCGAACGUACUGGUCAUAUCAUUGCUUCUCAUCUUCGAAGACGUGCGCCUGCACUUGUUGGCCUCAAAUUGUUGUAUCACUCUCAUAUUCUGCCUGACGUUGAAUCGUCGUUGCUCUCUGUUUCGCGGUCUUUGUUACCUGUGGUUAGAAAGCUCAAGUGGUCCAUUCAGCGAGAUAAACUGGCCAACGAGGUGCGAGGCAUGAGUGGUUCCCUGGGAUUGGGGAAUUCAGCAUUUCCGUUGACCGGAAGCUUGGGCACUUGGAUUGAGCUGAAAGGGCAGGGUGUUGUACAGGACUGUGAACGGGUACGCCUUGCGUUAUGCCCGGAUGUACGUAGGAUGGUGAAGUUUUACGAAAGCUUGGGACACUGA